UUUUUAAAGAAUUGUAAAUUGGAUGUCGUUUGCUAUUUUUUGUCUUCUUUAUAAUAUUCCAGCAUUAGAAAAUGUGAAAGAGCUUACGAAAUACUGCACUGCUGUGAUAGUAAAUGACACUCCGUAGCGGGGGACGAUUUUAAAUCUGAAUUAAAGCAUUUGCUAGCAUUUUCUGCAAUACCAAUACAUUACCAUAUGCAACCCUCUUAGAGUAUGGGAAUGUGAUCUGUAAAGAUCCACGGUCCAUUUCUGAAUCUAAGUACUGCUUUAUGGAUUUUUCUUGUCAAUUCCAGCUGCUACGGCCUCAGCAAAGCAGUUUCUCCAAAUCGAAGCAAACUAAAAAACAAAAAAACAAAACCAGAAAACUACAAAGACUUAGGAAAGACCGUCUGAUGUGGCAUUAUGGUCAAAAGAAUACAAAUUAUGUGACAAAUUUUGAUUAUAACAUCCGGCUUAGUAACUGGUGAAAUGCAGACAAGAAAACUAAAUUAUAUAGGACGACUAUGCAGCAGUGUGGGAAGUGCGGUAUUUUUUUUUUUAAUUUUUGGGAGAGCGCAACUGGGGGAGGGACAGAGAGAGAGAGGGACAGAGGAUCUGAAACGGGCUUCCGGCUCUGCACUGACAGGCUGACAGCAGAGCGAUCCUCGAGAUGGUGACCUGAGCUGGGGUCCAAGCUCAAGGGACUGGGCCCCCAGGCACCCCAUCAGCAGUGCUAAUUAUUGGUCCGUCUCUGAUAGUUUCUUGACUUCUAGGUAUAUAAAAUUUGUUUAUUUUUAAAGUUUAUUUAUUUUGAGAGAGAGACAGAAAAAAAAAGCACGUGCAGGGGAGAGACAGAGAGAGAGGAGCAGGGGAGGGGCAGAGAGAGAGAGAGAGAGAGCGCGCGCGCGCGCGCGAGUAUCCUGAGCAGGUUCCCCGCUGUCAGCGCAGAGCCGGAGGUGGGCCUCUAACCGGGGAACCAUAAGAUCAUGACCUGAGCCAGCCUAACCCAGUGAGCCACCCAAGCGCCCCCAAAUUUAUGGAUGUUUUUUAAAUGGAAUAUAUUUUCAUAAUAAUAUGUUGUCAAGGUCGGAGGGCACAGCACAUUCUGUUUGCCAGUGUGUUAGCAAGGUCGGUUGCUGUUAAAUAUCUGCAUUUAGAGAGAAGGCCCGUGGGCCUCCACGCGACCUUUCACCCCGAUACCCAGAGGUCCGAGACCCGCCCGUCCCCGCGGCGCUCGAAGGACGGCGCCGGCCAGCGCGCCGGCCGCGGUCGGCCCUUCGGACCCCGCAACUCGCGUCUCAGACCCCGAGGCCGGCCCGCGGCCGGUCGCUGUCCUGCAGCCGCGGCCGGGCGCCUGCCGCUCCCCCUUUCUGAUGCUGCGGAGUUUCCGCGUACACGCGGCCUCUGCGGCUCUCCCACCACCCACCCGCCCCGGCGGAGCAAACGGGGUCUCUCUGUCCGGUACCCUGAGGCCUCGGGGAGGCGGAGCACCGAGAACUACAUUUCCCAGGCGGCUGCGCGUUCCCGGACUCCACUUCCCGGCAGCGCCCGGGGCGCCCCCGGGACUGCAUUUCCCAGAGUGCCGCGGGAGUGCCCGCCGGGUCCCUCCCGGUUCCGCCCCCUCCACUUGGCCCCUGCACGCGGCUGGACGCUCAAUCCGCUGCCGGAAGCCGCUCUUCGGGCGACGGGCAGGUGGGGCAGUGCACAGGUGCAGCCGACAUGAGUGAGCCUGGGGGGUCAGUGCGAAUCCUAGUGACAGGUGGCUCCGGGCUGGUGGGCAGAGCCAUCCAAGAGGUGGUAGCAGAUGGAGCUGGGCUGCCUGGAGAGGACUGGGUGUUCGUCUCCUCCAAGGACGCUGACCUCACGGAUGCUGCACAGACCCGAGCCCUGUUUGAAAAGGUCCGGCCCACACAUGUCAUCCACCUUGCUGCAAUGGUGGGGGGCCUGUUCCGGAAUAUCAAAUACAACUUGGACUUCUGGAGGAAAAACAUUCACAUCAACGACAACGUCCUGCACUCGGCCUUCGAGGUGGGCGUGCGCAAGGUGGUCUCCUGCCUGUCUACCUGCAUCUUCCCGGACAAGACCACCUACCCUAUUGACGAGACUAUGAUCCACAAUGGGCCGCCGCACAACAGCAAUUUUGGCUACUCCUACGCCAAGAGGAUGAUCGACGUGCAGAACAGGGCCUACUUCCAGCAACACGGCUGCACUUUUACCGCCGUCAUCCCAACCAACGUCUUCGGGCCCCACGACAACUUCAACAUCGAGGACGGCCACGUGCUGCCCGGCCUCAUCCACAAGGUGCACCUGGCUAAGAGCAGCGGCUCAGCCCUGACGGUGUGGGGCACUGGCAAGCCACGGAGGCAGUUCAUCUACUCACUGGACCUGGCUCGGCUCUUCAUCUGGGUCCUGCGGGAGUACGAUGAGGUGGAACCCAUCAUCCUGUCAGUGGGCGAGGAGGAUGAGGUCUCUAUCCAGGAGGCAGCCGAAGCCGUGGUGGAGGCCAUGGACUUCCACGGGGAGGUCACUUUUGAUACAAGCAAGUCAGAUGGGCAGUUCAAGAAGACGGCCAGUAACGGGAAGCUUCGGACCUACUUGCCCGACUUCCGGUUCACACCCUUCAAGCAGGCUGUGAAGGAGACCUGUGCCUGGUUCACCCACAACUACGAACAGGCCCGGAAGUGAAGCACGGUGUGGGAGCAGGUGCCGGCUGCCCCCGAAGCCCCAGAGAUGACACCCUCAGACCGUGCCGGGAGCCAAGGGCACUGCCAGCACCGGGGGCCCACAUUCUCACCCCUCUGCCAGGGCGGCUCUGAGCAGCUGUGCAGUGAGGCCACCAUUUGUGUCUGUCCUCAGGGAAACCAAGGCCUGGCCAGGCCUGGCACCUUGCUCCCCAAUGCCGGUCUCUGGGUCCUAAGUGUGUCCACUUCUGAUCCUGCUCUCCCAUUCCCUGGGAGCCAAUAAAGUCUAUUUUCCCAGGCCUA